AUGGUUUUCCUGAUCCGUCUAUUCCUACGCCUUCAAAUCAGCGGACCGCUCGGUUGGGACGAUGCAGCUUGUGCUGCGGCGACGAUCUUCGGCAUCACUUGGUCCAGCGUGAUUCUCCUCGCCGUCCAUCACGGUCUCGGCCAACCUCAAGAAUCCCUUACUGCCAUAGACGUGGCCGAGAGCUAUGUCCUCUUCUGGAUCUCGAGACAAUUCUACGCACUCGCAACCGGAUGUUCGAUUCUCUCCGUGACAUUCUUCAUCAUGCGUAUCACCCAGACGAGGCAUCACCUCUGGAUAUUGAAGACACUCAUCGUCGUCGAAGGAACCUGGGUCCUUAUCACCGUCUUCAUCCUGGCAUUUAGCUGCGGUGCCGACAGACCGUGGUACUCAAAGCAAGGAGGAUGCAUCGACCUUUGGAGUGUAUGGCUCAGUCACACCGUCAUAUACAUGUUCUUCGAGGGCUUGAAUCUGAAGACUGCGAUGCUCAUCAUCUGGAACUUGCAAAUGCCUCUGCACCCGAAGGCUGUCGUGUUCAUAUCGUUUGCCCUGCGAUUGCUAGUCCUCCCACCAGCUAUCGUCCGCCUGAAGUACGUCCACAUCGCAAUCAGCAGUCCUGACCUCACUCUCUAUCGCGUCAAUAGCAACCUCCUCUCUACCAUUGUGGGUUUCACCUUGCUUUCCUCAAAUUCCACUCCUCUGACGGAGAUGAUUCAGGUCCUCCACGUCUCCAUCAUCCUCGCCACAGUUCCCUGCGCCAAACCCUUCUUCGCCCUCUUCAACAACAACAUCUUUCGCUCUCCGAAACAAAUCUCUGCCGUCGAAGCCAACUACCCGGCCCCGCCAACUCCAAUUCCAACAUCCUCCUGCUCCCUGGACAACUUUGGGACUCCUCACCCGGAGCCACUGACCUGGGACCGCCGACGAAGCUUCGCCUCAGCUCCUCUUCCACCUCCAGCAUCGCUUCUACACCCCACCCAUCCCGCACCUCGUCGAAAGUCCGUGACUUUCAAACUCAAUCUCCCACCCUUUCACUGGAACCGCCGCACCUCUUUCGCUCGCUCUCGACAAAUCGCCAACUCCGCAAGGCCCACUCCUCUUCCAACCAUCCCCUCCGCCGGCUCGACUCCCUCGCCCUCUCUACCUUCCGAGCCAACGGAGUUGAAUGCAUCCCCUUCAACCCGCCCCGUCUUCCGGAAAGCAGGACAGUCUCCCUCCUCCUCCCCUUCAGCGCAGACGAGCUUGACGAAAACGACCUCCCGCUCCUAUCACUCUUCAGCAAGUGCAUCACAAUCUCCUUCCGCGCCUGCGACACCUCAACUCCACCGCCAUCUACCGCUGCACAACCACCUCCACCAACUCUCGUCCUCCGCUCUCCCGUCCUCCGCUCUCCCUUCUCCGGCAAUCUCCACGGCAGGCUCAACAUCUGCCGACACCUCAGCCGCGACGUCGCAAGACACUUCCACCACACGCACAACGUCCAAGUCCCACAGCCGUUCACCAGCGAACUCACCACCGUCAACGCCAGGAGGAACGAAAGAGAAGUCGACGAAGAAGAAAAGGAGACGGGUUCCGAGGAGACCGAGUGAUUUGGAUUGGAUUGCGAAUUUGAGACCGGAUGAGGGGAGGACUGUUACUACGAUUCGGGGUGGGUCGGAAGGUGGUGAUGAAGGAGGAGGAGGAGGAGGAGGAGGAGGAGGAGGAGGAGGAGGAGGAGGAGGAGGAUUGUUGGCGAAGCGGGUGGGUAAGGCGAAAGCGGGGGAUGGGGGUGGGAAUGGUGGAGGGUGGGAGGGAUUUGGUGUGAUUGAGCGGAAGGAGGAGUUCGGGUUCUUUUAUGAUGAUGAGGGUGGCGGUGCACACACUCACGGCGAGCAGAGUGGGAAGGUUGCUGAGGAAGGGAACUGUAGCGGGAGACACGAGGAGGAAGAAGAGCCUGGACCUUCGUCGUGA